UUCAAGGGAUCGUUGUCAUUUAUUGACGGUUGGUGUCCGGGCGUCCAAGCUCCCGUUUUCAACCAAACAAAUCCUUUUGCUACCGCCCCGAUCAUGAACCUAAGUGAUAGCAGUUUUACAAUUUCCUGUUGGAUAAAACAAACUACAUGGAUUAUUAAUACGUUCGGAGCUAUCUAUGGUGACUGGAACGCUCCACGCCAAUUUUUGCUCGGUACAAUGAACCAGAGGAUCGUGUUUUAUCGCCAUAGUGAUGUCGGUGAAGAGUGGUGGUCGUUGCAAAGUACUAACGUGUCUUUAAGUGACUGGACACACCUGGCGGUUACGUGGAAUCACCUCACUGGAGCUGUGUUGAUAUAUAUCAACGGAAAAAUAGUGGGUAACAAAUCAUAUCCUCCCGAAAAAACGUUCUACGGACCUUCGGGGAAGCCAUACACCAUUGGCAACGCUGGGCAUGAAGACGCCUACCAGUUCAACGGUUCAGUAGUGCGUCUAAGUGUCUUGAAGUGGGCAUUGUCAAUUGAUGACGUUGAUGAGCUAAGAGGUUUGAGAUUCAUAACUUUAUAAAUCAUCCUAAAGUACUUUUGCUCUUCAGUAUUCACUAUUAAUAUUGGAUGCAAGCACCGUGACGGCCUCGGCCAGACAAAGUGUAGUAGAAUCUCGCAUUACGGACAUCCGAUUAAUACGGACAAAGUUUCAUUUGUUCCGACGAAAAGCUCAUAUAUUUUCGCUAAUUCUCUAAAAUUAACCCGCUCAAUACGGACAUUGGUUAAUUAUACAAAGUUUUCUCUUGAGAAUGACUGCUUUCCUCUUCAUUUCAACAAAUCAUGCGUCCAUGAAGUUUUUUGAGUUCUCGCUUGAUACGGUUACCCGGUUAGUAAAUGUCCCCUUGGUGUCCGUAUUAGUCAGGUUCCACCGUAUGAUUUUCCUUAACCCAGAUCACAUAGUUACAUAAACUAGUAGUAGUUAACACCAGAGCUGCCCCGCCCUGUAUGACUGUUGUAGGUCAAAAGUAUUCUUGGUCGUUGCGUAGCUCUUUGAAAUAUACCGAUUCAUAAUUAAAAAUUUUAACUCAUAUUCCAUAUAAUAUAUGCGAUAAAAACAGGAAACGCAAGGUUCCAUGCAUUGAUUCAGGACUAAUUCAGGCCGAUUUACACAGCUUUGAUCAUAACAUUCUCAGUUUCGAAAAUAUUUUAUUCUAAACCAUGAGAAAAAAACGAUUAGAAGUGGCAAUUUUUCGCUUUUUACAUGCAGUUAAUUUUAUUGGCCGGAAAGUUAAAGCCUUAGUAAUCAAAAGGUUUGAUCAAUUCACCCUCGCAUGUUCUAGUCAUGUUUUUAACUAUCAAGACAACACUUCAAAAAAUCUUUAUAGAAGGACAUCUGUGAGCAGGGAGUACGUCAGCUCAGAAUUUGAUUGUUGGCGAAUUUCUGUAAUCGUCCAUCGUUCUGCAAACGAUAAGCUAGCCUUUGAUGCACUCGUCUUGCUUGUUUGUGGACUGAGUCUUAUUCCCCCUGGCAAUUUUUUUCAAUCAACGAUUUGUGAACACGUGUCUGGCAAACUCUCCAAGUGUUUAUUUAUACGCAGUUAUACGCACCUUAUAACUUAAUCUGCGCUUAGUGAGAGUCUCUUGGUCCAUAAUUUUCAAAACAGCUGCUCCACAGAAUGUCACUGAUAACACGUAACACAAAAAGUAUCGAAGUAUGACUAUACAGUAAGUGUCAGAAAAUCAACUUAAGCGGUCCCUUCGGGGAUUUUACAUCUUAAGAGUGUGUCCAUGAGAAAACCAGGCAGAACCAGGCAGGGGGUGAUAAUGCUCAAAUCACCGAUUUCGCUCAAACUUGGCACAAAUGUUAGGUAUCAGGAGUUAGCUUAUGUGACAGAAUGUCAGGUCAAAAUAUUAAAUUCCCUGGGAGAUCCGCGCUCCCCCUGUAAAAAUCGCCAUUUUGCCCGUUUAUGCAUAAUUAAUUAGCUAACUUUACGAUGCCAGUGCAACAAACAGAAAAGCCACCUGGAACUUAAAUGCACUGAGAGAUGAUCUGACAUCAUAAGACUUUAAGCGCAAUAAACUGCUUAAAGUCGCCGAUUCGAUUUCCCCCCUCUUAGCCCCCUUAAGUUGGGUCAUCAUUUCCCAGUUUUGAGUAAGACGUAAAAUUAGGGUAUUUUAUUCCCAAAUAUCUCUGAUGAGCAACCGCUUAUCUUUAUAACUUUUGCAUGAGUAGUUAAAGCCAUCACUUAAGUUGAGAAAAAGAUCAUAAAAAGUUUGGGCAAUUCACUUUCUUCCAUGUGUUGACAUAAACUGUUCACGUGACUGAACGGCUCUUGCAUAUUUCAUCAAAAUUCAGGCCCUCACAAUAUUCGUGUGUUUGCCUUUGAAUGAGGAGAAAUCGAACAAAAAAACUCAUCAGACAAUGAUUUAACAUUAAUAAGGGUAAAAUCAUAAAAAUUGUUGUGCAAGAAACGCUAACGAUGAUUUUUGAUAGCGAUAUACGCGAUCUUUUCAAGUAAAAACAACAUACAAAGAUUUAAUUAACAGUUCUACUUACUUUAACAAUUUCGCCCUAAAAACAGUAUAAACGAUCAAUAAAAUCCAUAUACGUAUCUCUUAGAUGUCUCAACUGCUAGUUUGUGCCCGCUUUGAUUUGUUCUUCAUGCCACCUUCGAUGUCCAGUUCAGCGUAGUUCAGCGUCGUGACUCGCUGUACGACUAAAAUUCCUUAGCCAUCAGUUUACGCACCAAAAUCUAGAUCAAGUUGUUUUAGGACAAAACAAUACGAAAUGUAGAAAGCCGAUUCUUAACGCAUUGAAAGAAUUAUUUCUGCCACUGUUGUAGCUCAAUUCACAUGUUGCAAACGUCCGACAUCUUUGACAUUAAAUGGAGCCCGCAUUUUUAAGCAGCGGCUGCCACCAAACGGAAACAUCGUAUCGGGAGUCAGGAACCAGGAGCCAGGAGCCAGGAGCCAGGAGCCAGGAGCCAGAGUUCAGUGAACAAAAUGACUUUCCGACAUUCUCUGAGAUUAUUUUAUUGUUAUUGUAUGCUGAUAAAUAAUUUAGAAUGCCAGAUCUAUUGGCAACUUUGUUCAGACCAUGAUUAUAAAUGAUCCCAUGUCUUCUCAAACUCGGAGAUAGAAGUCGUUUUGUCUUCGUGUUUUGGAAAGAACUAUUUUUUCUAUUUUAGUUGCACGUGAAAUAGCAGCGAAGUGAAGCCGGAUGUUAGUGCAGACCAGUUCAAAGAGACAAAUAAAGCGUGAGACAUGUCCAGAUCGGCUUGCGACAAGAAUUCCAUUUUUUUUUUUCAUACUGGAGUCCCUUCUCCCCGGGGGAGUGUCCAAAUUGCGUACAAAUGCCGUACCCUGCUGGCACCAGAUUUGACUGUCAUUAACAGUGAAUUUUUUCAUCUCGCACGGUCUUUUGGGGGUCUUAUAAAGCCUAACUGUGGCACUAAUGUUUCCAAGUAGAGUUCAAAAUAUACCACACUUUCACAUUGAGUUAGAUAUUUUUCUAAAACAACCUUCGAUAUGUUUAACACCAUUCCCACAUUCCCUCCGAGAGAUACUUCAACUGUAAUACUUCGAUUUUAAAUUUCUCUCCCUACCCAGGUAAGGGCAAUUUUCUCGUCCUAGACAUCGAUCUCGGAAUGGCCUUUUUGCGUACUCUUGGGCACCAAAACAAGUUUAGUGCCAAGCCGUGUGCCGUGCUGAGGCAGGCAGAUGUUGAAUUAUGGACAGACACAACAAUUAAGUUACAGUUUGUUUCUAAAGUUCCUCUCAUACUCCGAGUAGCUUAGGACAUACAGGGAACGCAGAGAUCAGACCAUCGCAUCAUGGAAAAUUCUCAAUCAGACUGUCAUCGUAAAAAUUGGUCGCGGUCGCUUACUGGAUGUGGAUGUGUUCGUUUACAGGAGGUUCCAACUACAAGCGCUUGACUUGAUAAUAUAUUUGGUGCAUGUUUUGAAUAAGUGAUCGCUUAUUGGGAAGUGGUCACUUAAGUUGGGUGGUCGCACGUAGGUUCGACUGUGCCUCGUUAAGCGAAAAUUUGUUAAAAUGUAAGAGAAAUCCUAAAAUUGUAAUACAGUGGAAGCUCUCGUACGAGGGUGCCCUCGGGACGAGAAAAAGGUGUCCUUAACUGGAUCUGGCCUCUUACAAGAAUGAAUCUCAUAUGCAGCAUAGUUAUGCAAGUGGAAUUCAGCCACUUUAAAAGUGGUGUAAAGGUUAGAUAACUGCUUACGGAAGCUCCUCCCAGCUACAAAUUAAAACUGGUAAUAGCAAAAAACUGUUUUUUAGUGUAUGGUUACGCUGAUGUUCUUGCCUCGUUGUAAUUUACGUAAAAGCAUACAAUUUAGUUUGUAUUUUCAAGUGUAACCGGACGAGUAUGUGAAAAAACGGUAACUCUGAAACGGAUGUAUAAGAAUGAUUCAUAACAGUGACAAACAGCCAUAUGACUGUGGACAUGAUAUGAACAAAAAAAAAAAAACAACAUUCAGAGGCGGAUAAGAUUUCUUUCGAGUGUCUGCUUAGGAAAGCUGUAAAUCGAAGCUAACAUCUAAUUCGCCGGUAAACCCUUUAAGUGUCCGCGGCCGCCUACGGGAAUGUAAAAAUCCAGAGUUUGUGUGGGAGUUGAAACGGGAUUUUGUGAUGGCGGUCGUAAGUAGAACUAUUCGCUAUAUACGAGAGUGUCCGUUAAGAGAACUUAAUCUACUGUAUGAAUCCGCAAAUGACAGCUUAAAUGAGAAGUGAAUAUAGUGUAUUAGUCUGUGUUCAAGAAACUGUUCUCUUAUACCUUCCUUAUAGCCAAAGAAGUCUAGUCGACUUUUUUUGCAAUGUAUUAGUGCCCCCUUUUGGGUCUUUUGUAUUCCUCAGAAGUUUUUCCUCAACACGUUUAUAAACGGUUAUUAUUAUAUUUUUGUAGUCAAUAAUAUACCCAGAUACAGAUACCAACCUGUAUAGUUGUAAGACUACGAGGAUUAAAAUACAACUAAGUAAGUAAUUAUACUCAGUGGUAAGUCAUUAAUUGUCUAAAAACUGCACGGCACGGUCUGACUACAAAAAGGGCUAUUAUGGACCAUUAUUAUCAUGGUAAUUAAUGUCAACAUCGAAUAAACUCAAAAUUUCAAGUAACACGACUUUCACGACCUAUUCUCAACACACCAGUUAUAACAGGAUAUUGGCGCGUACAACAAUAGAUAGCGUAUUCCGCAUUCCGGAGUCCGAUAGUCCGGCGUCACAGAUUCCAUCUUUUUGGCAGCGUCUAAAGUCAAAGAUGGAGGGUGUUCGAGCAAGUGGUUGUUUUCUGUAGAUAUAGAUGGAUUGUCAGUGAUCCUUCUUGUCCUUUGAGAAUGAUUUUGCUCUUUCUGACUACAACUUAUUUCUAAGACUUCGAAUAAUGUUCGGUGAAAAGCCGACACUUUUAAUUCUGCAAUGUUUCAAGAUGUUUCGAUUUCAUUACCUCGUCACGAAGUAACGCCACAAAGGACCAGACGAAACUGGAACAGCAAAUCUGGACUAAAGCACCUGAGGGACGUGUAUGUAACAUUUAUUCACUAUCUUUUAUCCUUGUUGGGUCUUGUUUCACCUACAAGUUGGACCGAUCGAAGUUUUGAACUAACUCUUUUGCUCCUUGUGUUUACUCAAGCGUUCCAUAAAAUACCCAUCCAAACGUCCAUAAAUAACACAGAAAACAUGCCUCAGGUGACACGUUCUAACAAUUCCACUAUUAGUAUCGAUAAUGACGCAUCUGAUUUGUGACUUCUCGUCAACUUCGUGCUAUUUUUGUUUAAAAAAACGAAUGUUACGUUUCUUCCAAUUUUGGUCAAAUGACAAAUAAGCGUCAAGUCAGAUGUACAUAAUACGUCAUUAUUGAUAAAGUAUGAGAUUGCCCAAAUAUUUUGUGAUUGAUUUGAUAACCUUAAAGAUGUCUUUCAAAGAAUAUGUGAGAAUUAAGUACAUAGGUUGUUGCUCAUGGGAGAUGUUAGCCACUAAAAUACCUUAAAUUUAGGGUUUUUUCAAAAGAGUGAGAAGAUGUCCUUACUUUAGGCUAAAUAAUAGGAAGAGAUCGAAUUAGAGAGUGAAAAUAAAUUACUGAGCAUUAAGUUUGAUAAACAUAGAAGAUGAUAAAGUUGAUUAGAUUUGAAGUUGCUUUUCUUCUGGUUGAACAGCCAAACCAAAGUCAGCUAAUUAAUUAUGCAAAAAUGAGUAGAUUUUGUCGUUUUUAGGGGGGGUCCCUGUAAAUCCCAGGGAAUUCAACAUUGCGACCUUAUUUUUUGUCGAGGUUAAUAUCUCACCACACCCAUCAAUUGUGCCAAGUUUGAGCGAAAUCCGUGAUUUGAGCAUUAUCACCUCCUUCCUGGUUCUCUCAUGGACACACUCUUAAGUUAUUCUAACCAAUAGCAUCUCUUACUUGCGGGCGUGAACAAUAGAAACGUCAUCAUUACCCAACGAUUCCAUGCGGCUCCUGAUUAAGAGAUCGAGAUUUUUUCUGGUGUACUGACUGUACAUUUCAACUUUAAGAACUUUUCUAUAUAUACGAGCGAGCUACGUAUCAACUAGUCAGACCCAAAGCAUCCUUAAUGGUCCCUCAACUUCUUAGUUAUAGGGCUCCUUAAUCUGGGAAAAGGUAAAUUCUAGUGCUUAUUUCGGUAGCUAAUCAUUCAAUACUAAAAAACAAUAAGUUUUCUACCUUUCUUUUUUUUCUUGCGCUUACGUCUGCAUUCGUUUUCACUUGACACAAUACUCCUACACUGUAUAUGCUUGUGCUUGUCCUUCCGUUGGUCUUGAAAAACUAGGUUUGAAGUAAGAAAGGGACAAGAUUGAUACAACGGAGAAAACUUUACCCUGUAGGGUAUUUUCAAUACUCAAGUGAAUAGGAGCCACAUAAUACCUACAGAGCAUACACGUUCAAAAUUGAAUGCCACCUGGCAAAAAUGACUGGAAAUAUUCCCUUAUCUUUCUGCCUUCUUUUGACGUCCCGUAAAGGGCAGACUGAAAGGAUUUAUAAUAAAACAAUUUCGUAAAGUGGUUACGCUUUGAUGCAACUCGGGGCAUUGAUGAUGCUUUUGGUUAAUUUUAUCACAAAUCCGGCUUUACAGGGAAGGGUGCUUGCGCGCAACAGCCUCGAGCCACAGUGUAAUUUUCGAAGGUUAAGUUAGAGAGAAAAAUUUUAUCCAUCUUAAAAUGUAUCGAACCUUCUAGCUUUACAAAUACUGUCUCUAAUUAAUAAUUAAAUAAUAAUUAUCGUAACAUUUACUAAAAUUAUUUUGUCAUCAAAUCUUGUGAAGGCCUUUAUCGGAUCAUCAACGACGACGUACUAGCAGGAGGAUCCGUUCUGGUUACAUGGAAUCCAAUCUUGAGGAAGGCGUGCCCAUUUGUUCACGUUUACUACAGAGAACAAGGAGAAAGCAAAUGGAACUCUGUUACUGUGACAUCACAAUUGCAAGAAAGGGCAGUGUUUAACAGCUACACUCUUUACUUAGAAUGCUCGAGAAGAUAUCAAAUAGUAGUUUCCUCGUACGCUGCUUUUGAGGAGAGGGACUUGAGGGACAAACAGAUGUGGACUGUGAGCACAGGGAAAGGUAGCUAACGCAGAGCUUACGAUAUUACUUAAAGAGAAAAAAAAGUGACUCUAACUCUAUUAGCCUCUAUUAUAUUUUAAUCCUCGGAAUUCAGAGUUCUAAGCUACAUCAUUCCAACUAACUCUCACUAAAUUUAUUUAACCGAAAUAUGUCUGUGGAAUUAAUGAAAAGCUACUAGAGAAAAGUGAUUUCUGGCUAAUAGCCUGAGGAAAAACCUAACGGGGCGGAGAAUCUGAGUCAUUUGUGUGUAAAGUGUCUGAAAAGCCGGAGAGAGCCUUGAGUGAAAUGUUAAAAGGAGAAUGAGAUGGGUUAAAUAAACACCCAGCAGUAAUAGUACCAUGUGAUAUUCUUUUCCACAUUUAAAAAUGACAAUUUUUCCCUCUAAAAUAGAAUAAUAUUCCUAAAUAUUUGUUUAUUUCAGAUGGAAUGUGCUGCGAUGAGGAAGAAUGGGAAGUGAACCGUACUCGGCAAGGAUGGAUACUGAAUUGCUCACGGACAGGAAGAUACUUGUUUGGAAUUUUACGGAAGUCCGAAGGCCCAAAAGGUGGCACUGACCUCUUGACAAAAGGAAAAUGCUGCACACCUCCACUCGUUUACCGUGAUGAAGUUCCCGUUUGCAUAGAAGUCCAGUGGAAUGCCUCGUUGAAUAGGUCAGUGAAAUGAGCUGGUGACUCGGUGCUAAAUUAAAAAUAGAAUGUUAAGGUGUAUAAUGUAGUCAGUAUGUUUCUAAAUUACGAGCGAGCUCUGGGGGCACUGGGGAGAAAAACGGAGAGAGAGCUUGCAGUCAUGUCUCAGGAAUAGGCAAGUUUCGUAUUCCCCGACGGCGCUGGGACGAGCACGAUUGAGAGGCUAAUGCGGGUCAACUUCUUUACAAAAACAAAAACAAACAUAGGUAAUUUGCCGCUGAGUCGCUGGAAAACGAUAGAAAUCUUAAAAAUAGUAAGAUUUCAAAGCUUAAACUUUACCAGUAAGACAAAGGGAUAUCUGUUGCAAACAAUAAAAUUGUGGGAAAAGCUGAUCGCACUUAAAAGGAAAAAAAUAAAAAGCGACGAAGCCAAAAGAAGAAGUAAACUUUUUAAGCUUGAAAAGGGUAAAGUUUGUUAAAAUGACACUAUUUCAUCCCUUUUAAUUAUCUUACUUCUUAGCAUUCUAUUUUACUCUUGUGUAUAUCUAUAAAAAUGGAGUUUAAACUGCGGAUUAUAUCGUCUGUAUAAAAUUCUGUGUUCGAGUUCUUGUCAAGUUCUUGUGCGUACGUUUUUCUCUAUGUGACUGAAUAUUUUGAUAAAUAAUGUAAACUAAAUGUAAGCUUAUUGUAUAAAUAAGCUUAUACUAUUUUAGUAAUCUUAGUUCAAACCGAUUUAACUUUCUUACAGUACAAGGUAUUUAUGCAGAACCAAUUUGCUAAAAAUCUUCAAUGUUUACUCAAGUUUGGGCUUAUAGAAGGUAAUGUCACAGUUUUUCAAUGACCAUGAAAUUCAGAGUCCCGGUAGUUAGUUAAUCAAUUGUGGCCCUGAAAAAAUUUGAAGGAAAAAAAACUACGAAUUUUUAACAAAAUGCUUUUUUCGUGAGAAGGACUCUUAAACGCUGACAAACGUCAACUAAUAGCGAAAACUAUAAUUUCUAUAUGUUUGCUUUCCUCGAAAUCGCGCGCAUUUACAAGGCCCUAAAGCGUUUUGCUGACUUGCAAGGACCCAUCUGUUAUAAGGAUGCCCAAAAUACAGAGAUGAAUCUCAUAGUUUAUUAGAUAUAAUCCUUGUAAAGUUUGCUUAUCAUUUUCGCAUAAAUUAUGACCUAAAUUUGGAAACCGCUGAAUUUCUCGAAUUGGGUCUUUGCGAUUUUGUUGAAACUCUGUUCAGCGCAAGGCACUAAUGCGAACUAUGUGUAGCCGAGAGAUUUUCACGAAAAAAUGCCGGCAACAGCAGAUUUUCGAGUCAGACCUCAAAGGGGCGUGGCAUUAUAACCACGUGACAUUUACUCCGAUCGCCAAAAAUUUUAUGUUAUAUUGUAGAUUGAUCUAUAUGUUAUCCAUUUUUAGAUUUUUAGCGUUUUGGCUGAGUUUGUGCUUUGGGAGUUGUCUAUUGUUUCUAGUCUGUCAUUAUACGGCAUUCUUGUUCAGCACGCGUGCAAUGACCGCGCUUGGCUGACUUCCGAAUGUUAUAUUGUAGAUUGAUCUAUAUGUUAUCCAUUCUAUGUGUUAGACUUACGAUAAAAGUAAAGGUGAGGAUACCAGAGAGCUUCAAAGUAGGAUGGUACCCCCCCAAAAAAACUGGGUCGAGUCACCUUAAUGUUCAUUCAAACACUCCACAGCUUGCAACUGGCCGGCCGUUAUAUAGGUGAUUUUGGAAAUUUUUUUAGCGGUUUCGCUAAAAGCCCACGCGUGCUUCGAUCGUCCUGAAUAUUGAAUGAGUGCAAUUUAUAUUUCAAAACUGUGAAAUACUGCAUUCUGUCUGAGGUCUGUAUGUUAAAAACAGCGCCUCAUAGUACUGUUUCACCUCAGACUGUCACAUGUGAUGUAUAAAAAGUAUAAAAGGUUGGCUUACACGCCCCAAGAUUUGUUAGCAAGAUUUUGUAAAGCAAACUUGUCAAACGGAAAAAAUUCUGCCGGAUUUCCUUUCCAAGUAUUUGUUUUCCAGGCCUAAUCUAAUACUGUGAUCAAGAGCCAUUAUGGACGUUAAAUGUGAUCGAAGAUGAUUGCUAUUUUUGGGUGUACAUAUAAAGGCCGUCAACUCGAUGUAAGGUUUGGUGCACUCUUGGACUGUUAGCAAAUUAUUUUUCUCCCAAAUCACUUAGCCUUAAUCCCCCAAAACAAAAGUCACAUGAAUGUGCUCUAAAGUGAAAUGAUUUGUGGAAUACAAGUUUAUUGUUUGAUUGAAAUUACAAAUUUAUUAAUGGGCGCUUCGCUUUUAGCCCUGGCUGAAUCUAUAUAUUAAGCUAGUUUGGGAUCCUGCAACCUGAUAUUGUACAUCCAUGUAUUGAUUAUUAUUAAAAACUGAAUCAUUGGAUAAUGCAAUUCUAGCAUUUUGAUUGGUUAAGCCGUUAUGGUAUAUGAGCUAAUAUACCAUGUUCUCCAUAUAUGGUCGGUGUACGCGUCAGUUUAAAAUUGGAAGCUAGCUGAGACUUUUUUUCGCAAAGGAUAGAACGGCGCCCGAAGCAAAUCGUUUUAAUUCAUUUCUUAGAAUACUAGAAAUGCAAUUUCAACGAAAGAAAAAAAGACAAAAACAAACAAAAAAGCCACAAGAGCUUGUUUGAAAGUUUGUCGAAAAACACAUGGAACUAAAGUACCUUGACCCGCUACGAAAGAAGACAAGUGUUGUUUCUUCAUGAUCGCGAAGCCAUUCACCGAUCGAGUCACUCGCCGAUAGAUAACUGCAGCUUGUUUAUCCAACAUCAAGAAUAUAAAUCACAAGUAACCAGCUACAAAUACAGGCUAUGCAGCCAUUCACUAGAGCAAUCGAGGCGGCAGUAUAGCUUCUUUUCUCGUUCAGCAAAACCAGCUUGUGGCUUCAAACAACUUCAUAACAAGCGACGAGGUAAUACCAGUAGUUUUUCUCCGUUGGUCUUACUUUUAUAACUGCACCGAAAAUCCAAAUUCAUAGUAAUUUCGACGGCUGUCACUUAAAAAUUCCUUUCCUUCUCAUUAUCUGCCAGGUUUUUUAAGCUGUUCUGCUGUGUAAAAUCCUAGAAUCACGAUGAGUUUUUAAAAAACUAAUGUUCAUCGCACAAUGUUUUGAUUUUUCAUUCAUGCAGUCUAGGCGAGCCCGUUCGCGCGUUGACAGUUUUGAUAGACGUGUGACAUGUCAAUAGCGGAAGUCCCUUGUCUUUUCCGGUUUGUUCUAGUCGGGGCGAUUCAACGAGAUUUUGUGGGCGUUUUUAAUAAAACAAUUAUUCCACUCGGGCUUGUUGGAUAUGAAAUGAUUAUAGCCAACUCGGCGCUAUGCGCCUCGUUGGCUAUCUAUCAUCUCAUAUCCAACGCGCCCUCGUGGAAUAAUUGUUAAAUAGACAGCUGUCUAAACAGUGUAUCCGCUGACCAGUAUCGCCUGACCGUAUCGCUGGCUCAGGACCCAUUGAGUUCGAGUGUUUUUUGAAGUUAUCCGCUGACAAGUUGUUACUUUUCAAAUGAUCGCAGGCUCAAGUUUUUUUUCAAAAUGCAUGUGAACUAAGUCGUGCUCAUGAGCCGCACUUUUAAAAUUUUGAUUUCAAACUGCAUGACCUCGGAUCCAAAAAUUCAACCGGCUUUUACAUGCAGGGAAGGCAAUCGCUUUUGACUUUUUUCACUAUAAUCAUGCGGUAGUCACGUUCUACCUCCAAUUUUUAUGCUCUGAUUGGUCAAAAUUUGACAGGUGAGUUCAUGCUGAAAAUUUAUGCAGCAUCUGGAAACUUUUUUACUCAUAGCUGAAGCUGGCAGAGUUUUGUGUCAUCUUGUGAUGUUUUUAACUGCCUUUUUCCUCUGGAUGUACAAAAUGAAAUACAGCUGCUAUCAAGAUUCUUCUGUAAUUCAUGGCUGGAUUGUUUAUAGCGCUUUUGGUUGAGAAAUGCACCGCAUGUAAGAGUCAUUGGAAAUCCGAUUUAGGAUGGCAUCGUUUUCAAAACUGAGCUUACACACUUGCCCUUGCUUGAGGUGUUUCUGGCCUCACUUGAUGGUCCUCAGGAGCAGCAUCUCGACUGGUAAGCCUGAGCAACUAUUGUCUUCGAUGUGUUUGUUUGUUUUUUUUUUUCCGGUUUUCUAAAGUGGAGCGUAGUUUAUGCGGCUAGUUUAUGCACGAGACAAUGAUCUGACCUACAAUAGUAUCAGGUUUAAAAAGCCUUUAAGACGUUUUUUGACCGCAAUUAUGAAGAAAACGUUCCGAAGAAUAUAGUUAUGAUUUUGGCUGUAAGAAGAAAGCUCUCAGCAAUUUUCUUGCCUCGAGUUCAUCUUGAAAAAUAGCAAACUCCGGGAAGCCUUUUUUAAAACAUAAAUAAGCUUAUGCUUACCUGACUCAUGAUUUUUAGAGCAGAGACACUUUACUCUCAAUACUUUUCGUCGUGAAUGAAAAUUAUUGUCUCUGUACAUGUUUCACCGAAUUAUAUUUAUCUUUUUUAUUGUUAGUACAGUAGCCACUCUCGCAGUUUUUAUCGCUGCGCCGGUUGUUUUCAGUAGUACAUAAACAUCGCAUGCAGGAGUACUCAAAAUGCCGCGCGCCCGGGCCGCGCGUAAAUAUCACUCUCUUUUAAAGAUUACACAUAACAAAACCAUGAACAGUUUUAUAAAUAAAGGGAAAUAAAACCUAAACAUAACAAAUUCUCUAUCAUGUUGAAGAAAAUUUGGUUUUGUCAAAACUGAGAACCCGUCCGGCUGCCCGAAAAGGUGAUUCUGGGAAUUUUUUUUAUCGUUUUCAUUAAAAGCCCAUAAUUAUUACCCUGCAUAUCACAUGGGACCAGAUUUUCCAGCUGAAAAGUCCCGGCAUGGAAUUCUCUUCAUGAAAACGUUUUAUAAUGUGUUCAAUGCUAUAAUUUGUUGUGCAAAGGAAGCGCGUGCUUCGAUCGUCCUGGAUAAUGAAUGAGGGCAAUUUGUCUUGCAAAAUUGGGCAAAACGGCAGGGCCCAGUUGUUCAAAAGGUGCAUAGCGCUAUCCAUCGGAUAAAUCUUUAUCCAGUGGAUAGCGCAAUGGGUUUCCCUAAUACUUAUCCACUGGAAAGUGAUUUACCCGGUGAAUAGCGCUAUCCAGCUUUUGAGCAACUGGGGCCAGAAUUAUACGUUUAAAUAAGGCAAAAAAGAAAAAAAUUCUGUCCGAAGUGUGUAUGAUAAAAAAAAAAAAAAACAGCACGUCAUAGUACUGUUUACCUCAGAUGUGAUGAAAAAAAGUACAUUUAAACGCUGGUUUACACGCCACCAGAUUUGUCGCCAAGAUUUACUUGUAAAAAAGUAAUGUAAACUUGUCGAACACAAAAAAUCCGGCCUGAUUUUUUGUUUUGGCCCCCCUUCUAGAUAGGGGAACGUGUAAAUUGGCUGCCACCAAAGACCACAGUGUGUUUCCUAAAAUUAUAUUUUGGGGCUGUCCAAUUAUCCAUACUCUCUAAAAAGGAGUGGUUUGAGAGCUAUGAAAUUAAGGUGGUGGGCGACUGGGUUAUUUUGUUUGGAAAGAAUUUGUUUUCCAGGCCUAAUCUAAUGUGAUCGAACUUGACUGUUAUUUUUGGGUGUACAUACAAGACUAUUAACUCGAUGUAAAAUUUGUUUUACUCUUGGACUAUUUUUCUCUAAAAUCACAGCCUUUGCCUCAAAAGUCACAUGAAUGUGCCCUUAAGUUAACUCAUUUGUGGAUUACAAGUUUAUUGUUUGAUUUAAAUUAUUAAUUUAUUAACGGGAGCUUGGCUUUUAGCCCUGGCUAAAUAUAUAUAUUAUAACUGAAAGAAGACGCUGAGAAGUUUUUCCUGAGUGUCUUUUCUGGGUUGUCUUCAACAGUGUUCAGUUUUAUUUAUCAAGACAACUCACUCAAGAAGAACCAUGGCAUUGUGGAGUCCAAAGAGAAGAGAGAAUGUGCAUGCAUUUGCUUGAUUCCACGAGUGAUUACAUCAAAAUAAUGCGCUAUGUUUAAUAAGCGUUUUCAACAACAAUACGGACGUCAACGUAAACUCAAUUACCAGUACACCAGUACCCAUCAGUAUUCAGCUUGGCAAAAAAGUUGAACUUAUUGCUAAAACACCAGAACUGUGGUCACGACACGGGUCGGUGAUAUGUUGAGUAUUCAGUUUGGGGAAAAUCACUUGGUGUGGUCUGAGGCCAGCUACUACUAUUCUUGACAUUCAGCUACAAAGGAAAUAUUUAACUUUAGUAAAAUCCAACUAGUGGUCUAUCAUCGAUGCUGCGUUCUGAUUGGUUGAGCUACUACUAGCCUAUAUGUUAUAGCCCACUAGUAGCGAAAAGUGCCGGCUUUUUGGCGGCAAAAAAGGAUUAAAGGCUAGCUUUAACUAGCUAAAGUUGUUUUGUUUCGAUAUUUUUUGACCAACUAGUUGGAUUUUACUAAAACAAUUAUUCCCCUCGCUCUUAUGGCCUCUGAGUCAAUACCCCAUUCGGCCUUCGGCCUCAUGGGCUAUUGACUCAGAGCCCAAUCGGGCUUGAGGAAUAAUUGUUAAGUAUUAUUCAAGCCAUAAACCCGUGAAUAAAAAUUACUCGUAAAAUUACUUUCAUCGGCCUUGCAGUCCUCCGGCAAAACUUAUCAAGACACAAUUUAAGGGAACUGCUAAGAAAACUAAAACAAAUUCUCUUUGGAUUGAACUAAAUUAUGCAAUGUGAAAUUUUUUAAUUUUCUAUCAUUGAUAUUUGAUCCCGUAUUCCGUUUCUGUUUCCUUUCCCGUGUCCGUUUCCGUUUCCGUGAUUCCGUUUCCGUUUCCGGAUUCCGGAUUCCGCGUUUUAGUACUGCCGACAUAGUAUAUCCCAUCAACUGUAAAAAGUGCCAAGUACAGUAUGUAAGAUCUAAUAUAACUAAAUUUCGAACUCGAUUCAACAACCACAAGAGCAGGAUCAAUGCCCAUAAUUAAAGGUUUGACCAAGAGCCAAAAGGAAAAAGACGAGUUGGUUUAUCGCCAUUUAAACAGUGUCGGGCAUAGAGGAUUGGAGGAAAUGAGCAUACAACUGAUAGACUGUGUCAAAGGGGAGAAGGAAUUGAGGGAAAAAGAGGGUAAUUGAUGUUGCGAUUCCAGUUAAAUAAACUAUCACAAGGUAGUUGGAAUCUUGAAAUUUAAUAGAACAAAGACUCAUCGGCUCCGAACAACUUACAAGCGAAGCGAAUCUCUAAACACGCGGUUAGACUAACAUGAUUGGCUAACUUGAGUCACAUGACAUAAGCGGUUACGUGACAUAAUAACGUUACAUCUUGCCUUCUUUGUUUUUUUUUUAAAACAAAAACUGGAACUAUAGAAAAAAGUGAAACAAUGAAAGGUCACAAUAAAAUGUUCGCAUAGAUGUUCACUAAAAUGUUCAGGAAAUAUACGACAAAUGUGCAGAUGGGGGGGGCCGAAUAAAGCGUCCGCUGCGUGUGACUGCAUUGCUCUUUUGGCACUCGGCCAAUGGGGCUGGACAGGUAGCUGGUGGUCCUGGCUCUGGUUGCUUUCUGGACAGUGCUGUAGGACGUCCUGCGCUGUUCUCUCCUGAUACGGUUUCCGUGCUGGCUGUGGUUCGUGGACUGUUCAGAAAUGGACUUGGAAUUUCAACAUCCGUAUCUUCAGGCAUGAACGGUUUCUUUGACUGUCGAAGAUGUCUCCAGUUUCUUCGGAACAACCUGCCAUCUUCUGUUCUAACAACGUCGGAUCUGUCAUCUACUUGUUGUUCAACUUGUGCCUUUGUCCAUCUCUGCUUUCCAUCGGAGGCUUGCGGUUUCAUGCGUACAACAUAACCUAUAAUGAGGCUGGGAAGUCCUUUGACAUUUUGAUUGUAAUAACGUGUCUGAACUUCUUUUCUUUGUAGCUUCCUCUCUCUGACAUCUGUGAUUAACUGGGGUUUCAGGAGUUUCUUUGAGGUCGGCAGCAGUGUUCUGGUGCACCUGCCAAACAUUCUCUGUGCCAGUGAACUCUUCAUACCUUCAGUUGGGGUGUUUCGCCAGUCAAGCAGGGUAAGAUGAAAAUCUGAGCUUGUACUAGCAGACUUCUUCAUCAAAUUUUUUGCUGUUUUGACUGCAAUUUUCACUUUGCCAUUUCUCUGCGGAUAGACCGGGGAACUGGUAACAUGCUCGAACUCGUACAUUACUGCAAAGGCUGAGAAUUCAUUUGAAGAAAAGGGUGGACCAUUGUCACCGUGAAAUGUAUCUGGAAUUCCAUGGGUGGAAGCUUUCCAAUCACUGUGGCUCCUGUCUUUGACUUGUGUAGCUCGUCAAUCUCAAAAUAAUCAGAGAAGUAGUCAACCGUGCAAAGGUAGUCCUGGUUACCAAAUGUGAAGAUAUCACAGCCAAUCUUUUCCCAGGGAUGCUGUGGGGUUUCAUGGCAAAUAAGGGACUCUUUCGGUUGGGCAGACUGAAAGGUGUUGCAGGUUUCACAUUUUGAGAUGAAUUCUGUCACUUCUCUGCUCAUGUUGGGUCAAUAGACCACUUCACGUGCCCUUCUUAAACAGCCUUGAACACCGAUAUGGGAUCGGUGGAGCUUUUCCUUGAUCUUGGUUCUUAAACUUUUCGGGAUGACACAUUUGGGACCCUUGAAAAUAAUACCAUCUUAUCUAGCCAACUCGUCCUUGACUUUGAAGUACUCAUGCAGUUCAGGGGGCAGUUUCUUACUUUGGCUAGGCCAGCCAUUUAGAAUCGUCGCUUUAAGAGUCUGCAGGACAACAUCUUUGGCACUUUCUUCGCGGAUUUCUUGGAUCUGUGGCUGAGAUUUUGAUAGGAAAUUCACAGAACGGACCCUCUCUACUUCUUGAUCUGCCUUUCCUGGGUAGUGUUCCUGUGGCAAGUAUGCUCUGGAAAGUGUAUCGGCAAGAUACAUCUCAGGACCACGCCUGUACUUGAUUUCCACAUCAUACUGCGUUAACCUCAUCACAAGACGCUGUAAACGUUUUGGAGCAGCAGCCAGAGGUUUCUUGGCGAUUAUCUCUAAAGGCUUGUGGUCUGUCCACACGGUAACCUUUCUGCCGUAUAUACAUUGGUGAUUAUGCUACAUGCCAAAGACUUGUGCAAGUAGGUCCUUCUCGAUUUGUGAGUAGUUUUGCUCAGCUUUCGUGAGUGAUCUGCUAGUAUAGGUUACAGGCUGACCUUCUUGCAUAAGGGCGAAGGCAAUUCCUUUCUCUGAGGCAUCUCCUUCACCCUCAACCGGCUCACUUGGAGUGACGAACUUUAAAACUGGAGCAGUGGACACAGCUUUCUUGAUCUUUGUAAAGGCUUCUUCUUGCCCCUGAGACCACUCCCAAGGAGCAUCUUUAUACGGAAGUCUGCGGAGGGGCUCCGACAUAUCAGACAGGUCUUCUAAUAACCUUGAGAGGUACUUAACUCACAGGUAGCCCAAGUUCGAAAUAUGAGCAUCGGCAUUGUUGCGUAACAUUCAAAAUAUAAGGAUUAGCAUGGGAAAAAAAACCUAUCGUUUCUAUAACCUACGAAAAUGAAAGGAUUUCAAUAAAAAAACAGCUUACCUUUGCUUUUCCACCACUACGAGGCUUGACACCCAUUCAGUAGGCUCCUUUACUUUCCGGAGCAUUUGUAGUCCCUCCAGCCGGUCUAGUUCAGACUUCAAUUUACCUUUGAGUGCGAAUGGGAAUCGACGGGGUGGAUUAAUCACUGUUGUGACUGUUCCAUCAAUUUCAAGGUGCAGUUUCCCUCCAUACAGCCUUGUCCUUUAAACACUUCUCCAAACUCUUCUAUCACUUGAUUUAGGGUAAGAUUCUGAGUGUCAGUGGUAACUUACUGAAUGUUUUCUUGGUGUACUGUUACCAGAUUCAUUUGCUGAGAAGCACGAGAUCCAAUCAGCAGUGUGUAAUUGCCUUUCACAACAACAAAUUCAACAUUGUACUUCUUGCUCUUCUUUGGGUUACGCAUGCUCACUUUACAUGUUCCUAAAACAGGCAAAGUAAACUUGCUAUACAUCUUCAAAGUACGGUCAGUCUCAGUAAUUAGUGUUCCGGGGGGCACAUAUUUCUGAGGUAAGACAUUACAUGAAGCACCCGUGUCAAUCUGCAUUCGGAUACUUGCUCCUGCGAUUUCCAUUGUCGCAAAGAUUUUCUUCUCAGGAAGGUUGUCUUCGCUGAUCGCAUGUACAUUUCCUUCAGAUGAGUCAAAAUACACUGACAGCAAUUCUUCUUCGGAGGAAUCUUCUGAGUUGACCAUGUUGACACCAUUCCGUGGUCGGCUAGUUUUACCAGAAGUACUUCUGCACAUUUCAACAAAAUGAUUUGGUUUAUUGCAUGCACUACAGAAGUUUCCAAAUGCAGGACACUUGGUACGUUGCUUGACGUGGCUUCUUCCGCAUUGUUUACAACGCUUUAACAGGUCUUCCUUAGGUUCAGGUAGGGACUGUUUUUGCAUCUGACCAUUGCUGCGUCGUUUCGGUGGCGCUUUCGACUUUGUCCGCUUGUCUACUGCAUUAACAUUAUCUACUGGUGUCCCUGUGCUCGAUGACUGCCCGCUGAUGGCCUUAAGAUGAGCGCUGGUUGCUUCGGCUGAUCGACAGAUAUCCAAACACUUUUCAAGCGAUAAUUUAGGCUCUUGUAACAACUUUCGUCUAACACUAUUGUCGGCGAUUCCACAAACAAGGCGGUCGCAGAUCAUCUCAUCUUUUAACUCUUCAAAUUCACAUGUUGCCGCUAGCGCUCGCAGUGCGGCAACGUGAACAUCGAUUGAUUCGUGAGGCUCUUGUUUGCGAUCGUUGAACUUGUAACGUUCGUUGAUAACAUAAGAAUGACGGUCAAGUUUUACUGUUCAAAAGAAAAAGUGUCGGGUAUACACACUCGCGCGCUAACUUGAGAAUUUUUUUGUAGUCUUUUGUCUGAUGUCACGUCAUUUUAACUGAAUUUUGUAAUACGACGCUUGUAACGAUUUUUCAGUCACCUUCAAGAAGAGUGCUAAAUACACUCGAAAUAUAGGUGUCAUACAAAAAGGAAAUGUGUCGUAUCCUCAUAAUUAUAUAUAUAUAUAUAUAUAUAUAUAUAUAUAUAUAUAUAUAUAUAUAUAUAUAUAUAUAUAUAUAUAUAUAUAUAUAUAGCCGGAUUUAUGAAAACCGCACCAGCGGGCUCCUGGAGGCCACACACCUUAAACUGACUCAGCUAAAGCACAUAUUGCCAAGAAACUCAGCUCUUACCCAUGGUUCUCUUAAGGUGACUCUAUUAUUGCUUCCUGAUUAGCAAAAGAAACAUUCAAGUCCAUCAAAAAGACACUCUGGACUUGACCAUACGCUCUAGCUGCUUGAAGGCUCUAAAUAACAGAGGAUGCUUGAGACUUGACCAAGUUCUAAGCAGAGAAUUCAAGGUUAAAUCACCCCCUCGUGACUUCCUCCAACCCCCCAGCCUAGCAUGUGCUUCAGGGGAAUGCUUUCGUUGGCCAAUGGGCCUCAAACAUUAAAAGAAUUUGACAUGACAAACUAAAGGCAGACAUGACGGGUGCACUGACUCUCCCAGAGCAAGACUAACGGACAGUACCAAGCUUUUGUAGCGCCCUUUCCCCCACCAGGGAUUGACAUGGAGGCCCCUUCCAAACCCAUGGCGCGUUAGCUCAGGGACUGAGCUUGACAAUGAGACCAGGCAGGACAGCAAGCCCCCUAUGUUUUUUCUCACCGCAGUGACCAGAAACCUGGCUAUCGCUAGGCUCCUGGGCUAAUAUUCUGGUCCGUUUUGAGGUAUGUUUUCAAAAAUUCGGCUGGAUAUAUACCUGGACUUUUGAAAACCCGCUUAGCAGAAACGUUAACUCAUUCUACUGCUUGGCAAUUUAAAACAAUAAAACAUUAUUCAAAGGCCGAUUAAAAACCUUUAUCUGACGCCAGGCAGUAAGUUAGUGGUUACUAGAAGCAUUUCAACGAAUUUAAAUUUAAAAUGACGCAAAUUUUAGAACAUUUAUUUAGUAAUUCGACUCCGUGAAGUUUCAAACUGAUGUCAUUCCAGUCUAGAAAUUUUAAAGUUGAGUCAACCGUAGCGAAAAGGUGCCAGGUUAAGGCUUACAUAAAAAUAGUUAGCAAAACACUACUUUUUUCGCGGUCCAGUAAACGACAGGGUUUCGCAAGGAAUGGACAACAAACUGAAUGAAACAUAAUACACAAAUUAUCACCUGAUUCUUAUCUGCAAAAACCGGCCUUUUGGUUCAAAACCAUUACAUCCCGCUGAAACUAGACCUAGGUAUAAUUUUCCUGAGUCGAGAGUUGCUUUUCCAAGGUACAAAAAGGAAACCUAAACACCGAACGAAGAAACGUUUUAUGGCUGGCACAGAAUAUUUUGGCGAAACAACUCAACCACACGACCACAUACCUGUCAACACCAUUCGGAAAUCACACAAUUACAUUCUUUCGGGGCACUGAUAAGACUAUCAACAACCACGCAUAAUGUUCUGACGUUUCAACACGAGCGAAAUAUCAUCGAAUAACUCUUAAAAACUCAGAAAAAACUUUUCUCUUACACUCGUCUUAUUCGAGUUCCCGGAUGUACAAUUACACGGUCGGCAGACCAGCCUAUAUACCUUGUUUUCACACCAGAAAAAAAAAAAGUCUUGGCCUGGGUCAAAGUUCACCUGCAAUGUCGCUCUCGCCUAAGUCAUUUUACUCCCAAGAGCCUGUUCCCGAGGCCAAAAAAUUAGUGUUCGGCUUAGAAAAGCGAACAAUACCGUAUCUUUCUCUCUCAGCCCGGAUCAGGGUGAUAGAUCCGUUUAACCAAAUGAAACGAGAAUACAAUACGAUAUUGUACGAUACAGACUCUGCGAAUCGUAAUAACUUUGUCGCAUCUCAGAGCUUUGCAUGAUUAUGCUCUCCGGGAAACUUUUCUCAAGGUGACCAACAACGGAAUGUUAACUGCUAAAUGGCACCGAAGCCAGCUUUAGGCGCGCACUGAUUUAAAUUCAAAUAACUGUCACUUGUGUUGAAUAGAAAAUUGUGGGUAGGAUCGAAAGAAACAAAACAAAAAACAGAUGGAGGGAGUGAAUUUGGGGGGGGGGGUAGAUAGAAAUUCGCGAAAUUCUGCCUACAUGCAGCCACUUGUACACAAAUCUCAGUAAAAAAAGUUCUUAGACAGGGGAAGUUACGAGAAAUUACAAAAUGUUUGCUAACCCGGUUUUCGUAACUCCAAUUGAACUCCAAUUAUGUUGUUUGCAAAGCAAAAUUGAGUAGAAUCGAGUCACGUUAAAGUUGCAAUCACUUUUCGGGCAAUAGUUCUGGGUUUUGCCUGAUAUUUCAAUGUCACAUAUUAGCCUGUCAUCACUCUAUAAUGACUUAGAGCAUAUGCAAAGAUUAUGAGGAUGAUUAUACCUAGAAAAGUGCCCCGUUUUUACCAAAUGAGCUUGCCAACAAUAAACAUGCUUGCAUUCGAGAAUCAUGAGGAGACAUUUCACUGAUUGAACGAAGAUAGAGUUUCUCCUUUGAGAUUUAUGUGUAAUUAUCUCAAUUGAAUAAGUGCCCAAAGUCCAAUUAUGUUGCUUGCAAAGUAAUAUCAAGUAGAAUCGAGUCACUUUAAAGUUGCAAACACUUUUCAGGCACUAGUUCUGGGUUUUGGCUGAUAUUUCAAUGUCACAUAUUAGCCUGUCAUCACUCUAUAAUGACUUAGAGCACAUGCAAAGAAUAUGAGGAUGAUUAUAGCUUGCCAAUAGCAAACAUGCAUACAUUCGAGAAUCAUGAGAGACAUGUCACUGAUCUUUAACGAAUUUAGAGUUGCUCCUUUGAGAUUUAUGUGUAAUUAUCUCAAUUGAAUAAGUGCUUAAACUCCUGGUGAAUUAUGUUGUUUGAAAAGUAAAGUCAAGUAGAAUCGAGUCACUUUAAAGUGGCAAACACUUUUCAGACAAUAGUUCUGGGUUUUCGUGCCAACAAACUCUCUCAAUAUACCCUGGUCCCAGAGGUUUUUCUUGAUUUUUCUUCGCGAAAGAGAUCAAGAGCAAACCGCGAAGCGGCGACAACGAGUCGCGAAAGCGACGAGGAGAGAGAGAAAAACCUCUGGUUACCUUGGCCUAGAAUCUCACUUUCAUGCUGACGACAGGGUCAGGAUCUGACCCUCGGGCUUUGAUUGGUUGAUAGUUUUUCAAACACGUAAACCAAUUUGAUUGGCUCGUUUAAUUGUAACUACCGAGGGGACGCUGAGGAUUUUCACACCUCAUUUUGCCUCUCUCUACUAGGGAAGAAAAUUGUUUGUAUGCUGCACUCGCAAUAACAUUUGCACGGAACCAAGGCACGUAGAGGCACGCCAUGGAUGUUGUUCCUGAAAGAAUAUUCGAAGAAAUUUUGACCUCGGUACUUAAUGAGCGCUUUCCCGAGUCUCACUGAGCAACAAAAGAAAGCUUUGUUCGCUGCGUUGAGUCGAAAGGAUGUGUUCACCAUUUUAUCAACCGGACAUGGAAAGUAUAUUUUCUGUUACAAUACUGUCAUUCCAUUAAAUAAACUAACUUGUUUAGGGCAGCAAAAUAAAAAAUCUCCGAAUACGGAAUGAAAGUUUCCUUGUAGGAAAAAAAACAUACAACUUUGUACAAGUGCGUAAUCAUUUUCGGUGCAGCUUGAUUUUCCUGCGACGCCCAAAAAAGAUCUAACCAACGUUAUUUUUGGCAUAGACCUAUUCGGCUAACUCAAUGUUGUACCCAAUUCAAAUCUCCCGGGGAUAAGAUUCUUUGUGUAUUGCAUUUGCAUUAUAAUGUGGCAUUCACAUUUAAAUGAUAUGGAAAUUCCUGAAACAAAACGUUUUAUUCCCAAAGGGUUUGAAUUGGGUACAACAUUGAGUUAGCCGAAUAGGUCUAUUGGGCCAACAAAAACCUCUGAAAGUACAUUCCGAACCUUAAGGGUUUGUUGUGCUGCAUGACUCUUCCUAGCGUCGUUGUUCCACAAAAAAAGGAAAUGGAGCCACCAAACCAAAAUGCGAGCCAGAUUGCCAGAAUACAUAUUAAUAUUACUGUUUUCAGGGGAAUGCCCGCGAAUCGACGCGAACGGCGCGCCCCGCAGAAGUAAACAAUGUAAUAAGCGCGAUUGAUAGACUCUUGCAAACUUUACAACUUCCCGCUGGCACACUGCCGACAGAACAGAUGACAAUGUUUGUGAAAAAUCCUUGUUAUUAUACCCAAAUAAAUUCUGCAAAUCCUGCAGCAUUUGUUUGGAACAAUGUCGGUUUCUUUAUAAAGUGGUCUUCUUAUUCCUGGACUCUUGUCGCCCAUCGUUAACACAUGCUUUAGCUUGACCCGAUUAACAAAUCACUCUUUACCACCCAAGUGAAGAUGGUUUGUUCAUAACAUAAUUUUCCCAGGUCUACCCCCACUUAAAAAAAUAGCGGCUGAUAAGCACGUGUUUGCUAAGUUGCCAUUGGUGACUCUUUUUAUUAGCAAUUUAACGCGUUUGACAGCUGUCGUCUGCAUGAAAGUGAGAUUCGAGGCCAAGGUAACCAGAGGUUUUUCUCUCUCUCCUCGUCGCUUACGCGACUCGUUGUCGCCGCUUCGCGGCUUGCUGUUGAUCUCUUUCGCGAAGAAAAAUCAAGAAAAACCUCUGGGACCAGGGUACUCUCAAUAUUGCGAAAAAAAGUUUUGUAAUAUUUCAUCCUCAUCAAAAAAAGAUAAACAAUUCCUUGAACAUUGAAAUAGAUGGUAAGCCAAUUAAUCAACAAAAAAGUGCUAAGUACUUUGGCAUUCUCAUAGACUGUCAUCUCCAUUGGAAAGUACAAAUCCAACAAAUUUCAAAAAAAUAUAUAUAUAUCUAGGGGCAUUGGUGUCCUAUGUACGAUUAGACAUUUUGUUGAUUCAAAAACAUUAGUUCAAUCAUACCAUGCCAUUAUACUUCCUAUUUCUCCCAUGGCUGUAUAGUUUGGGGCAACACUUAUGACCAUAAAAUUAAACCACUUCAAAUAAUACAAAGGAAAGCAACCCGUUUAAUACCUUUCUCCAAUUUCGAUGCACAUACAAGUCCUUUGUUUGCUAAGCUUAACCUUCUUAAACUCCAAGAUCAUAUUAAGCUUCAAACUCUCUUUUUUAUGCACCAAUUUGAUACUGGCAAACUACCAAAGAUUUUUGAUUCGUUUUUUGUUAAAACAUCUUGCAAACAUAAUGUAAAUACUCGCUUUGCAUUUAGAUCUACUUUCUAUCUUCCAAAAACUCGAACAAAUUAUGGCAAAUUUAAUAUUUGAUUCAAUGGACCUAAAUUAUGGAAUGAACUCGUUGAAAGAUUCAAGUGUCGUACUUCCAAUCAAUUUAAAAAAGAACUAACUUCGCAUUUCGUUAGACUCUAUUAAUCUUUACUGAUAUUUUGAUGAAUUAUAUUUAUUUAUUUUUUGUUUUGUUCUGUAUAUUUACUUUUGUGCAAAGUUAUGAUAUUUAUGUGUACCAGUGUAUUUGUUGUGCCUCUUUUCUGAGUUUCACGCUUUUAAUUAUCAAUAAUUACGGUCACCCAACUAUUUUAGCUUUAUAGUUAUUUUGGGUGUACCACUACUGUAUGUACUGUUUAUUUAUUUAUCUAUAAUUAUAUUCUCGUAAAUUCUUUUAGUUGUCUAAAGUAGUAGAAAUCUGAACUGUUGUUUUGCCUGAUAUUUCAAUGUGACAUAGUAGCCUGUCAGUCUCUCUAUAAUGAUUUAGAGCACAUGAGAAGAAUAUCAGGAUGAUUAUACCUAGAAAUUUUGUUUUUUACUAGACGAGCUUGCCAGCAAGCAUGCAUGCACGAGAGAAUCAUGAGAGACAUUUAAGUGAUCGUUAACGAAUUUAGAGUUGCUCCUUUGUGAUUUAUGCGCAAUUAUUAUAUUAUCAUUUAACGCAAUAAAGUACUUUCAGUUCUGUACUUUUCUUUCCCUAGAAACUGUAGCUGGGCUACCUGCCCAGACGGAUAUUUCCUGAAG